UAAACAUCAAUGGCGAUUGGUGGCAAACAGCUACAGACCCAACCCAUCAUAGAAAACUAGAAUUUCAACUCUUUCAUCUUUAGCAAAUCGAUGCUCUUUCUUUUGCUGACGAUUCACUAUAAAUAAGUGGAUCCUCACACUCAUAAAAAUGGCCGCCCUUGUUGGAUCCUUGAGCACAACCUUCGCUUCUUCUUCCUCCUAUUCCUUUCGUUCUUCUUUUCUUCUCACGAAAUUGACCCAUUUUUAUCGCCCUUCUUCCUUAGCUUCUCAUCGGGUUUCUUUUUCUUUUGUUCCCUUCUCUUCUCGUAGAGGGAAGUUCAUGGCUCACUCACUAGCCCAGGCCAAUCUCGGCCUCACAAAUCCUGCUCCUAAUGAAGCCCCCCAGAUUUCUUUUGGGGCAAAAGACAUUGAUGUCUUGGAAUGGAAAGGAGAUUUGCUUGCAGUGGGUGUGACAGAGAAAGAUGUGACCAAGGAUGAAAAUUCCAAGUUUAAGAAUCCAAUUUUGAACAAGCUGGAUUCACGCUUGGGUGGAUUGUUGGCUGAAGCCUCUGCUGAGGAAGAUUUUACUGGAAAGGUGGGCCAAUCGACGGUUCUUAGAUUUCCUGGUCUUGGCACUAAGAGGGUUAGUCUGAUUGGCCUUGGACAGUCAGCUUCAAAUGUAGCAGCUUUUCGAGGUCUUGGUGAGGCUGUUGCAUCAGCAGCAAAGGCAUCUCAAGCAAGUGAAGUUGCUAUAUCUCUUGCAUCUCCUGAGGAACACUCUCCUGAAUCCAAGCCUAACAUUGCCUCAGCCAUUGCAUCUGGGACUAUACUUGGGAUAUUUGAAGACAACAGAUACAAAUCAGAAUCCAAAAAGUCUGCUCUUAAAUCUGUGGAAAUUAUUGGUCUUGGAUCUGGAGCUGAAGUAGAUAAAAAGCUGAAAUAUGCACAAGAUGUAAGUUCUGGGAUAAUUCUAGGAAGAGAACUUGUCAAUUCACCUGCAAAUGUACUCACCCCAGGGGCACUGGCAGCAGAGGCUACAAAGAUCGCAUCAACUUACAGUGAUGUUCUUUCUGCAACCAUUUUAAAUGAAGAGCAAUGCAAAGAAUUGAAUAUGGGCUCCUAUCUUGGCGUUGCUGCAGCCUCCACAAAUCCUCCCCAUUUUAUCCACUUAUGUUACAAACCUCCCAGUGGACCUGUAUCAGUCAAAUUGGGUUUGGUUGGGAAAGGAUUAACCUUCGACAGUGGUGGCUAUAACAUUAAAACUGGACCUGGGUGUUCAAUUGAAAUCAUGAAAACUGACAUGGGAGGUUCAGCAGCGGUUCUUGGUGCAGCAAAAGCCAUUGGCCAAAUCAAGCCCCUUGGAGUGGAGAUUCAUUUUGUUAUUGCUGCUUGUGAGAAUAUGAUAAGUGGAACUGGCAUGAGACCUGGGGAUAUUAUCACUGCUUCAAAUGGAAAGACGAUUGAGGUUAAUAACACAGAUGCUGAAGGCAGACUUACUCUCGCUGAUGCUUUGGUAUAUACUUGUAAACAGGGUGUUGACAAGGUAAUUGACUUGGCUACUCUAACUGGUGCUUGUAUAGUUGCUCUCGGGCCUUCAAUUGCAGGUGUCUUUACACCCAGUGAUGACCUGGCAAAAGAGGUAUUGGCUGCUGCAGAAACCAGUGGUGAGAAAUUUUGGAGGAUGCCAAUGGAGGAUAGUUAUUGGGAGUCGAUGAAGUCGAGUGUGGCUGAUAUGGUUAACACUGGUGGUCGUCCAGGUGGUGCCAUUACAGCUGCUCUGUUUCUGAAACAGUUUGUUGAUGAGAAGGUCCAGUGGAUGCACAUUGACGUAGCCGGCCCCGUCUUCAGCGACAAGAAGCGCAGUGCAACAGGGUUCGGUGUCGCCACACUAGUCGAGUGGGUUCAGAAGAAUGCUUCUUAAGCAGUUGAAGGUUGAAGAGUGGAAGAUAGAGACGUCGACUAUAUCAAGAGCUCUACUGUGGAUGCUAGGAGUUUUCAUUAGUUGGCAGCACUGAGAGAUCAAUUUGAAUAAAAGUUGUAUGCAGCAGCAUCUGUGGUUAAGUUAAUGCUUUUACUGGUAUGAGGCUUAAUUGAUCAUUUUCUUAGUUCGGUUGGUGGAUAUUUCAAAUGAUAUACAAACUAGCAUUCAAAGGUUUACUUUAUUUUUCAUAGAGUUUUGAUUCUCUCUU